AUGUCUCUCCAGUUGUCUCCGCAGGCACCCUGGAGGAACAACAACAUCAGUUUUCUGAGCAGAGAGGCUGCUGUCACGGAACAAGGAGAGACUAUUAUAGGCUUCUACCUACUGGCUUUAGGUUGGCUGUCUUGGUUUGGAAAUAGCAUUGUGAUUUUUGUCCUGUAUAAACAAAGACAUCUUCUGCAGCCCACUGACUACCUCACAUUUAACUUAGCAAUAUCAGAUGCUGGCAUCUCUGUGUUUGGUUAUUCACGGGGGAUCAUUGAAAUCUUCAAUGUUUUCAGAGAUGAUGGAUUCAUUAUCACAUCAAUAUGGACUUGCCAGGUUGAUGGCUUCCUGACACUUCUCUUUGGCCUGGCUAGCAUUAAUACCCUUACAGUGAUCAGUGUCACUCGCUACAUAAAAGGCUGCCAUCCUGAGAGAGGUCACUGUAUCAGCAACAGCAGUAUGACGGUGGCUCUGGUUCUCAUCUGGAUAGCAGCUUUCUUCUGGUCAGCAGCUCCAUUGCUUGGCUGGGGCAGUUAUACAGAUCGCAUGUACGGAACAUGUGAAAUAGACUGGGCAAAAGCCAACUUCUCUACAAUCUACAAGUCCUACAUUGUCUCCAUUUUUAUCUGCUGCUUCUUCCUACCUGUGACAGUCAUGGUCUUCUCAUAUGUGUCAAUUAUCAACACUGUCAAACUAAGCCAUGCAUUAACAGGACUCAGUGAUCCCACAGACAGACAGAGGAGAACAGAGCGGGAUGUCACCAGGGUUUCUAUUGUCAUUUGCACAGCCUUCAUUAUUGCAUGGUCACCAUAUGCUGUCAUCUCUAUAUGGUCUGCCUAUGGUCACCCUGUGCCCAACCUUACCAGCAUCCUUGCCAGUUUGUUUGCUAAGUCUGCCAGUUUCUACAAUCCCAUUAUCUACUUUGGAAUGAGCUCCAAGUUUCGGAGGGACAUUUUCAUCUUGUUUCAUUGUGCCAAGGAAGUCAAGGACCCUGUGAAGCUCAAACGUUUCAAAAACCUCAAGCAAAAACAAGAGCCUUCUCAGAAAGAAGAGAAGUAUGCAGCAGAAAUGCACCCUGCACCAAGCCCUGAUUCUGGGGUGGGAAGUCCAAGCAACACUCCACCUCCAGCAAACAGGGAAGAGUAUUUUGGUAUUCAUGAUAUGCCAUCUAAUAACCCUGACAUUGAAUGUGAUAGACUGUGA